AUGGUCUGUUACGGCAACUACUGUGGAGGCCUGGGCUAUGGCUAUGGUGGCCUGGGCUGUGGCUAUGGCUGUGGCUAUGGCUGUGGCUAUCGUGGCCUGGGCUGUGGCUAUGGUGGCCUGGGCUAUGGCUAUGGCUGUGGCUAUGGCUGUGGCUAUCGUGGCUAUGGUGGUUAUGGAUAUGGCUGCUACCGUCCAUCUUGCUAUGGAAGAUACUGGUCAUGUGGAUUCUAUUGA